GAGCUGUCAUCUGCCGGAGCUGAUUAUGCAUGCAGCCAAAGCAGAGCCUGAUUGGAUGUAGUAGGACCUAAGGCGAGGGGGAGAGGGAGCGGAGAGAGAGUUCGGCUCGCCGCACCGAAAUGUAAACACUGGAAAGCGAGAGGGAGUAUAACGCCUUUAUGCUCCGAACUGCAAGCAGCAGGCUCCUAUAGCUCCGGCAACGCACCUCUUGCAGGUCUAGCAGUGCCCGGCUUGAUGAACAGAAGCAGACACUUCGGAGGAUCUCCUGCCUGUGGAUGUAAAUAGGGGGCAAUCGGGAUGCGCUAGCUUUCUCCGGCGGCGCUGCAGCUCCUUCGUGCUCCGUGCCGCAGCUGGGACGGGGCAAUGGACAUGAACAUGAAGAAGUUCACAGUGCGUCGGUUCUUCUCUGUCUAUCUCCGCAAGAAAUCUCGGUCAAAGAGCUCGAGCCUAAGUAGAUUUGAGGAAGAAGGUAUCGUGAAGGAAAUAGAUAUCAGUCAUCAUGUGAAGGAAGGUUUUGAAAAAGCAGAUCCUUCUCAGUUUGAGCUGCUGAAAGUGUUAGGACAAGGUUCAUAUGGAAAGGUGUUUCUAGUGAGGAAGAUCAAAGGAUCUGAUGCAGGUCAGCUUUAUGCCAUGAAGGUACUUAAGAAGGCAACCCUGAAAGUUCGGGAUCGGGUACGAUCAAAAAUGGAGAGAGAUAUUUUGGCAGAAGUGAAUCAUCCUUUCAUAGUCAAGCUUCAUUAUGCAUUUCAAACAGAGGGAAAGUUGUAUCUAAUACUAGAUUUCCUGCGGGGAGGGGACCUUUUCACAAGACUCUCCAAAGAGGUGAUGUUUACAGAAGAGGAUGUCAAGUUCUACUUAGCUGAGCUGGCCUUGGCAUUAGACCACCUCCAUGGUCUUGGAAUUAUUUACAGGGAUCUAAAACCAGAAAACAUUCUUCUUGAUGAAGAGGGCCACAUUAAGAUAACAGAUUUUGGUCUGAGUAAAGAAGCCAUCGACCAUGACAAGAGAGCGUAUUCAUUCUGUGGGACAAUAGAGUAUAUGGCCCCAGAGGUGGUCAACCGCCGGGGACACACGCAGAGUGCCGACUGGUGGUCUUUCGGCGUACUCAUGUUUGAGAUGCUGACGGGAUCAUUACCCUUCCAGGGAAAAGACAGAAAGGAGACAAUGGCACUCAUUCUCAAAGCCAAGCUGGGAAUGCCGCAGUUCUUGAGUAUAGAAGCCCAGAGCCUGCUGCGAGCCCUCUUCAAAAGGAACCCCUCCAACAGAUUAGGUGCUGGGUUCGAUGGAGUGGAAGAAAUUAAACGUCACCCUUUCUUUGUUACUAUAGACUGGAACAAACUAUACAGGAAAGAAAUCAAGCCGCCUUUCAAGCCUGCAGUGGGACGGCCAGAAGACACCUUUCAUUUUGAUCCAGAGUUCACAUCUCGGACCCCCACAGGGUCUAAAAGUCUGAUCACCUGUGGGAUUACUGGGUUUUGCAGUAUCCAGCAGGAAGCAAAGACUGGUUUGCAGUUCCAAGAAAAGAAGCUC